CCGCCGCCUCGCCAGCCGCCGUCCGCCGCUCAGCGCGCGCCGGGCCGGGCCGCUGGGCCUCGCCGCCGCCCCGCCGACCAUGUCGGCGGCCAAGGAGAACCCGUGCAGGAAAUUCCAGGCCAACAUCUUCAACAAGAGCAAGUGUCAGAACUGCUUCAAACCCCGCGAGUCUCAUCUGCUCAACGACGAGGACUUGACGCAGGCAAAGCCUAUUUAUGGCGGCUGGCUGCUCCUGGCUCCAGAUGGGACCGACUUUGACAACCCGGUGCAUCGCUCUCGGAAAUGGCAGCGGCGGUUCUUCAUCCUCUACGAGCACGGCCUCCUGCGGUACGCCCUGGAUGAGAUGCCCACGACCCUCCCCCAGGGCACCAUCAACAUGAACCAGUGCACAGACGUGGUGGACGGGGAGGGCCGGACAGGCCAGAAGUUCUCCCUGUGCAUUCUGACCCCCGAGAAGGAGCAUUUCAUCCGGGCCGAGACCAAGGAGAUCAUGAGCGGCUGGCUGGAGAUGCUCACGGUCUAUCCCAGGACCAACAAGCAGAACCAGAAGAAGAAGCGGAAAGUGGAGCCCCCCACGCCACAGGAGCCAGGCCCAGCCAAAAUGGCCGUAACCAGCAGCAGCAGCAGCAGCAGCAUCCCCAGUGCUGAGAAAGUCCCUACCACCAAGUCUACACUCUGGCAGGAAGAAAUGAGGGUGAAGGAGCAGCCAGAUGGGAGCAACCUGAGUCCGGCUCAGAGCCCCAGCCAGAGCCAGCCUCCUGCCAGCGCCCUGAGGGAGCCUGGGCUGGAGGGCAAGGAUGAGGAAGGUGCCAUGAGCAGCGACCGUAUGGACUGUGGCCGGAAAGUCCGGGUGGAGAGUGGCUACUUCUCCCUGGAGAAGACCAAGCAGGACUUGAAGUCCGAGGAGCAGCAGCUGCCCCCGCCGGUGUCCCCUCCCAGCCCCAGCACCCCCAACAACAGGUACAGUGGCCCCGGACCGCCCUCCCAGGAGCUUGGCCAUCCCCUUCCUUCCCCAGGUCCUCGAGCCCCCUGCCAAACGGUCUGCUGCAGCUUCCUCGGCUCCCUGGACGUGGCCAGCCGGCCCCCCGCCCACAUGGACUGCAGCAGCACUGGGGGGCGGGGAGCAGAGAGACUGGGGCGCACCUGUGCCUUCAAAGCCAGCAGGCAGUAUGCCGCCCUGGCCGACGUCCCUAAGGCCAUCAGGAUCUGCCAUCGAGAAGCCUUCCAGGUGGAGAGAAGGCGGCUGGAGCGUAAGACUCGGGCCCGGAGCCCUGGCAGGGAAGAGGUGGCCCGCCUGUUUGGCAACGAGCGGAGGAGGUCCCAGGUAAUUGAGAAAUUUGAGGCCUUGGACAUUGAGAAGGCAGAGCACAUGGAGACCAACGUGUCAGCUGGGCCCUCACCAUCAGGUGACACGCGCCAGGGCCGCAGUGAGAAGAGAGCAUUCCCCAGGAAGCGGGACCUCCCCAGCGAAGCCCCCACAGCUCCUCUUCCGGACGCCUCGGCCUCCCCCCUGUCUCCACACCGAAGAGCCAAGUCACUGGACAGGAGGUCCACGGAGUCCUCCCUGACGCCUGACCUGCUGAAUUUCAAGAAAGGCUGGCUGACCAAGCAGUACGAAGAUGGCCAGUGGAAGAAACACUGGUUUGUCCUUGCUGAUCAAAGCCUGAGGUACUACAGGGAUUCGGUGGCUGAGGAGGCAGCUGACUUGGAUGGGGAAAUUGACUUGUCUACGUGUUAUGAUGUCACGGAGUAUCCUGUCCAGAGAAAUUAUGGCUUUCAGAUACACGUGAGCACAGAGGUGGAGUUUGGAGACCGGCUUGGUACAGAGACGAAGGAGGGCGAGUUCACCCUCUCUGCCAUGACAUCGGGAAUCCGGCGGAAUUGGAUCCAGACCAUCAUGAAGCACGUCCACCCAAGCUCUGCCCCGGAUGUGACGAGCUCGCUGCCGGAGGAGAAGAACCGGAGCAGCUCCUUUGAGACCUGCCUGAGGCCAAGUGACAAGCAAGAGGUGGAGCCCGGGGAGCCGGACCCCGAGCAGAAGAGGAGCCGGGCUAGGGAGAGAAGGCGGGAGGGACGCUCCAAGACGUUUGACUGGGCUGAGUUCCGCCCCCUGCAGCAGGCCCUGGCUCAGGAGAGGGCCAGUACAUCAGGCUCUCCCGACGCCCGCCCCGAAGGGGAGCCAGGGGAGCUGGAGCGCGAGCGUGCACGCAGGCGGGAAGAACGCCGCAAGCGCUUUGGGGUGCUGGACGCUGUAGACGGCCCAGGCACCGAGGACGCGGCCCUGCGGAUGGAGGUCGACCGGAGCCCGGGGCUGCCCGUGACCCCCGACCUCAAGACACAGAACGUCCACGUGGAAAUCGAGCAACGGUGGCAUCAAGUGGAGACCACCCCUCUCCGGGAAGAAAAGCAGGUGCCCAUUGCCCCCCUGCACCUGUCCUCUGAGGAUGGAAGUGACCGGCUCUCCACUCAGGAGCUGACCUCUCUGCUGGAGAAGGAGUUGGAGCAGAGCCAGAAGGAGGCCUCAGACCUUCUGGAGCAGAACCGGCUCCUGCAGGACCAGCUGAGGGUGGCUCUGGGCCGGGAGCAGAGUGCCCGGGAGGGCUACGUGCUGCAGACUGAAGUGGCCUCCUCCCCAUCCGGUGCCUGGCAGAGGCUCCACAGAGUCAACCAAGACCUGCAAAGGAAGCUGGAGGCCCAGUGCCGGCGCCAGGGGCUGAGCACACAGCAGACGCAGGCCCUGAGGCGCAGCUACGGGGAGGCGAAGGACGCCGUCCGGCAGCACGAGGCCGAGAUCCACAGCCUCCAGGCCAGGCUCAGCACUGCCGCCGCUGAGCUCACUAUCAAGGAACAGGCGCUGGCCAAGCUCAAGGGUGACCUGAAGAUGGAGAAGGACAAGGUCCGGGAGCAACUGGAGGAGUGGCAGCACAGUGAGGCCACGCUGAGCGGGCAGCUGCAGGCCAGCGAGCAGAAGCUGAAGAGCGCGGAGGCCCUGCUGCUGGAGAAGACACAGGAGCUGCGGGACCUGGAGAUGCAGCAGGCACUGCAGAGGGACCGGCAGAAGGAGGUGCAGAGGCUGCAGGAGCGCAUCGCGGACCUCAGCCAGCAGCUCAGUGCCAGCGAGCAGGCCCAGAGGCUGAUGGAGGAGAAGCUGCAGAGGAACUACGAGCUGCUGCUUGAGAGCUGUGAGAAGGAGAAGCAGGUGUUGCUGCAGAACCUGAAGGAGGUGGAAAACAAGGCCAGUGCGUACGAGGACCAGCUCCAGGACCACGAGCAGCAGAUGGAGGUGCUGCAGAAGGAGAAGCUGAGCGCCAAGUUCGAGGGCAGUGAGGCAGUGCACCAGCUGGAGGAGCAGCUGGAGAUGAAGGAGGCCAGCAUCCAGAAGCUGGCGGAGCACGUCCAGAGCCUCCGGGACGAGCGGGACGCCAUCAGGCAGCGUUUUCAGGAGCUGGUGGGGCGCAUCGCUGUUUCUGAUGGGGACGUCGCCGAGCUCCAAGAGAAGCUGAGGGGAAGAGAGGCGGACUAUCAGAGCCUGGCGCACUCGUACAGAACAGUGGCUGGCCAGCUCCAGGGCAUGCACACGCUGCUGAAGGAGAAGGAAGAGGAGCUGAAGCACAUCAAGGAAAUGCAUGAGAAAGUUCUAGAAAAGAAAGAUCAGGACCUCAAUGAGGCUUUGGUUAAAAUGGUGGCCCUGGGGAGCAGCUUAGAGGAAACAGAAAUAAAGCUCCAGGCAAAGGAAGAGAUUUUAAGAAAAUUUGUAAAGGCGUCUUCAGAGGAGGUGGAAGAGUCACGGAGCUCCACGGAAGAAGCAGAGGAGGAUGGGGUUCCACUCUCGGGCCCGCAGCUCCAAGUUGCCGGCGCACCUCCGGGCUUCCCACACUUGAGGCUCGAGGACGAGGACCCAGGGGCUGCCCUUGGGGAGGAAUGUGGGGACAGCAACCCCAGGAGAGAAGCAAACGUGGUGCCCUCGAAGUCGGAAGUGCCUGACACAGAGGGGCACCCGCAAACUGCAGCAAAACCCGAGCAGGGGGUGCCCAGCAUUAAAAGGCAGAGAAUCCGGUUCUCCACAAUCCAGUGCCAGAAAUAUACCCACCCCGACGGGUCUGAGAAGACCUGGACCAGCAGCACAUCUUCUGACACUAGUCAGGACCGGUCACCCUCAGAGGAAAGUAUGUCAUCAGAGGCCACCCCCAGCUCGCUCCCUGCAACCAGUGACUCGGACACCUACCUCUCCAUAAUACACUCCCUGGAGACCAAGCUCUACAUCACAGAGGAGAAGCUCAAAGAUGUGACGGUAAAGCUAGAGAGCCAGCAGGGCCAGAGCCAGGAGGCCCUGCUCGCGCUGCACCAGCAGUGGGCCAGCACAGAGGCGCGGCUCCGCGAGCAGCUCCGCACCAGCCUGCUCCAGGUCCGAGCGCUGGCCUCCCAGCUGGAUCAGGAAAGACAGGCCAGGGUGAAGAUAGUGGAAAACCACGUUGGGGAGCUUGGCAAUUUCCAGGUCAAAAACAGUCAGGCCUUGGCUUGCUUAGAAAACUGCCAAGAGCAGCUACGAUCUCUGCCGCGGGCUGGCCAGGAAGCAACACAGGACGUAGGAGCGAGCCCGCUGGCCAGCGUGGAAAGCGCACUAGUCAGCGCCAUCCAGGCCCUGCGGCACUGGCCACGCCCUGCAGACGGCGGGGCCCAGGCUCCGCUAGCGGAAGGCGGUGCCUCGGAGACAGGGAAGGCAGCUUUGCAGCAGCCACCUCACCAGCCUGAACUGACCGAGCAGGAGCAGCUGAAGCUCCUCUCUGAUCAAAUAGCUCUGGAAGCCUCUCUGAUAAACCAAAUAGCAGACUCUUUAAAAAACACAACGUCAGAUAUCUCACGCAUUCUCCACGAUAUUUCUCAGUCAGCUAAGUUGCCCCUGGAGUCUGGAAGUGCCGCACUCUGUCCUGGAGCCCCAGCAGACACCUGGGCCAAGAAGGUGCUGGUGGAUGGCGAAUUCUGGAGCCAGGUUGAGUGUCUGAGCGAGCACCUGGGGACACUGGGAAGAGAGGCAGCCAGCGCAUCAGGAGGGGGGCAGCAGAGCGUCCCCCAGGCCCUGGUCCCCGCCCUGGCAGACGCCACAUGGGUCAGGGCAGAACUCAGCUUCGCCGUGCAGUCCGUGAGGGAGUCGUUCCAUCGUCGGUUGCAGAGCAUCCAGGAGACACUCCGGGGGACCCAGACAGCCCUGCAACAGCACAAGCAUGUGUUGGGGGAAAUCCUGGGAGCCUACCACACCCCCAACUUUGAGAGAGUGAUGCAGCAGGUCUCGGAAGCCCUCAAGCUUCCAACAGGCAUUGCAGACAGUGUACAGGCGUCCUGGGACUUGAGUCCAUUAGAAGAACUGAGUCAUCAAGACGUAGCUGGCUCCCAGGAGCCAUCCCAUUUGUCUGACCGGACCUCUGGAGCCCUCGUUGCUAUUCAGGAAGAACUCGCCCUACAGCUUAAAGAUAAGGCCAGCCUCUUAGGGGAGAUAUCUGCCGCUUUAACCUCGCUGCCCCCUGUGGAGUCGGUAAGAGAUUGUCAGAAGCUUCUUCAGGCAUCCCAGAGUCUCUCGUACAACACUUGUUUGGGAGGCCUCGGUCAGUAUUCUUCACUAUUAGUUAAAGAUGCAAUUAUUCAGGCUCAGGUGUGUUACGCAGCCUGCAAAAUUCGGCUGGAGUAUGAAAAGGAGCUGCAGAGCUACAAGGAGUCCUGGCAGAGCAGGGGGGCCUUCUGCCAGGAGCACAAACAAGCCGUUGGGGCCCUCAGGGAGCAGUACGAGGAACUUCUCCGGAAGCAGAAGAGUGAGUACCUGGAAGUGAUUGCCAUCAUCGAAAGGGAAAAUGCAGAGCUCAAGGCCAAGGUCACCCAGCUAAACCAUCAGCAGAGAUACCUGGAAGAGGUGGAGAGCAAGCACAGCGAGAACAUGUUCGCCCUGCAGGGGAGGUACGAGGAGGAGAUCAGGUGUGUGGUGGAGCAGCUGAACCGCGCAGAGAACACGCUGCAGGCUGAGCACAGCAGAGUCCUCAGCCAGCUGGACGCCUCGGUGCGGGACAGGCAGGAUAUGGAGCGGCACCACGUGGAGCAGAUGCAGACCCUAGAGGACAAGUUCCAGCUCAAAGUCAAGGAGCUGCAGACAAUCCAUGAGGAGGAGCUGAGGACGUUGCAGGAGCACUAUUCCCAGAACAUGCAGGGCCUGCAGGAGACCCUCCGCCACUACCAGAGGCAGCACCCCGAAACCCUGCAGGCCCCCAGCCCCCCAGGCAGCCGCCACCAGCCCCCCUCGUCCAGCUGGCCGGCCAGCCCACCCACAGAUGCUGUGUACGCGACCCAGGGGGAGGCCGACUCCAUGUCGGGGCUGAGAGAGCGCAUCCAGGAGCUCGAGGCGCAGAUGGACGUCAUGCGGGAGGAGCUGGAGCACAGAGAUCUGGAGGGCGACGCAGCCGCUCUGCGCGACAAGUACCAGCAAGACUUUGAGAACCUUAAGGCGACAUGUGAGCGAGGGUUUGCAGCAAUGGAAGAAACGCACCAGAAGAAGAUUGAAGACCUGCAGAGGCAGCACCAGCGGGAACUGGAGAAGCUGCGGGAAGAGAAAGACCGCCUCCUGGCAGAGGAGACCGCGGCCACCAUCUCAGCCAUCGAAGCCAUGAAGAACGCCCACCGGGAGGAGAUGGAGCGUGAGCUGGAGAAGAGCCAGCGGUCACAGAUCAGCAGCGUGAACUCCGACAUCGAGGCCCUGCGGCGACAGUACCUGGAGGAGCUGCAGUCAGUGCAGCGGGAGCUGGAGGUCCUGUCGGAGCAGUACUCCCAGAAGUGCCUGGAAAACGCCCACCUGGCCCAGGCACUGGAGGCGGAGCGGCAGGCCCUGCGGCAGUGCCAGCGCGAGAACCAGGAGCUCAACGCCCACAAUCAGGAGCUGAACAACCGCCUGGCUGCGGAGAUCGCACGGUUACGAACACUGCUGACUGGGGACGCCAGUGGGGAGGCCGCGGGCUCGCCUCUCACGCAGGGCAAGGAUGCCUACGAAUUGGAGGUCUUAUUGCGAGUCAAGGAAUCAGAAAUACAGUACCUGAAACAGGAGAUCAGCUCUCUCAAGGAUGAGCUGCAGACGGCGCUGCGAGACAAGAAGUAUGCUAGUGACAAGUACAAAGACAUCUACACAGAGCUCAGCAUCGUGAGAGCAAAGGCCGACUGUGACAUCAGCAAGUUGAAAGAGCAGCUGAAAGCAGCCACGGAAGCCCUGGGUGAAAAGUCCCCUGAGAACACCCCCGUGUCGGGAUAUGAUAUAAUGAAAUCUAAAAGCAAUCCUGACUUCUUGAAGAAAGACAGAUCCUGUGUCAGCCGGCAACUCAGAAACAUCAGGUCCAAGUCUGUAAUUGAGCAGGUCUCAUGGGAUAACUGAAACCAGCCCGCUUCCAGGUCCCCUGUCAUGUAGAGUCUGAAGGAAGGCCUGACAGUGCAAGAACGCUUGAAGCUCUUUGAAUCCAGGGACUUGAAGAAAGACUAGCUGUGUCCCGUUCAACUUGAACAUACACCCUUCCCAGCUUGCGGCAGCACAACCCAACACUGCUUUUUGUCUGUAUCUUGAUUUUUUAUUAUUAUUGUUGUCAUUAUUGUCAUUAACUGUGGGUAUGGAUGCAUGAGAGACUGGUUUAUGGGUUGUUCACACCAUUCCCUGCUAUGUUGAUUCCGACUUCCUGUUGUCUUUAUCCAGGCUUUCUUUUCCGUGGUAUUCUAAAAUAAGCCAAGCAGUGGGUCGGGGGUGGGGGCCAGCUGUACCCGCUGGAAUCCCUUCCGGCCGCCACCGCGGCACUCGCUCACUCACUGUCAGUAUUACGCCCGGCCGCCCGGCAGCCUGUCGAUAAGCUAGCUCUGUCUCGCCGGCGCUCCGUGGGAUCGGGCCCGGGCCGAGCUCUGCGCACUGGGUCACUUGGAGAGAACAAGCCAUGGGGAUGUGCUUUUGCCUGGAUCCCUGCACUGACAGCUCACAAGCCUGUAACAGGAGCUAGGGGAGCAGGGCGAGGGGCGUGGUUUCUGACCUUGACUCACCACCUUUGGGCUUGGGAGAAGGCCAGCGUUUUGUAUUUGUUCCACUGAUCCAUCUUGGAACCACACCCUAGGUCAUCAUGGCAAACUUCACAACCUGGAGAAUGUUGAAAGCAGCCAUUCCUAUUUUUGUUUGUUUUUUAUUAAAUCUUGCACAAAAGCCCCGGCCCCUCUCAUUCCUUCCUACGCUCGCUCCUUUCUUGGCCACCAGUCACCCCGGUUGUUUCAUAACUACUUGGCUUGUUGACCUGUGGCCUGGGGUUUCAGACUGUAACUGCAAAUGAUGAAUCCCCUCAGGGAAUCCUGCAGGCGAAAGAGGAUUCAUUUCUGUAAUCCCUCUGAAAAGAAACCUGUUGCUUUUGAAAAGGUUGAGAGAAGCCCCCUGUGUUAAGUCAAGAGGAAACUACAGAGGAUGUCGGAGUCAGAUGAGAACUGCCUAUUAUUUUGUGUUCUUUAUCCUCAUUUAAUUAAUCUGAGAUACGAAGAGUUUUCUUGCAGCGUUUAGAGAACCUAAAGUAAACCUGUACUAACAAUUUGGCUUUUUUAACAGUUUGAGUAAGACCUUUUUAACUGCCACCAAACACACUAUAGCUCUUCUUAAAAAUGUCUUGAGUUGGAGUUUCUAUUAUGGCUCAUGAAAACUAUUGAUCAAGGAGUAUAACCAAACCGUAGCCAGUGGGAACCGGCUCUGCCGCCUCGGGAGCAGGUGGAAGCAGGAGAGUGGAUGGAAUGUGUGGAGCUCGUUCUGGUCUCCCUGAGUCUGUUGGUCCAUUGGCUGUAUUGCCAAGAGCACGCUCUCAUUGUUAAUGCUUUUAUUGUCUCUGGAUACCCAGAUACGUGGGGAUGAAAACGAAGAAAUCUUGCUGGGUUCCUAGAUUAAGUUAAUGAACAUGUCAUCUGGGAAGAGUCCUGGGAAAGGCAGACAGAAGCCCCCCCACCCCACCCCCGGGGCUGUGUUUAAUGUAAGACACACACCUGGGGGCUGUCUUCUCACUGGAAUGAACUCGGCUGCCCUCUGGUGUGAGCCUUCCCUGUUCACAAGCUGUAAGAGUCCUUCCCACUCCUGGCACUCCCUGUCUACUAUACCAUGUUUUUAAAAGCAAGAGAAUAGUAGCUGAUUGUAACAAUCUGCUUACCAGACACCCCCG